AUAACCCCACUUUCCAGCAGACUUUCCAGCUCCUUUCCCCACAGUCCCGUUCAACCUCAGACAUACCCCACGCUUCCCGCUCUCACAGCGACAACGACAAUGCGCUCCUUCGUCACCCUCCUCCUCUCCUUGCCUGCCCUCGCCGCCGCCCAGUUCGCUACAGACUGCGGUGACGCUACCCAGGCCAAAUUCAACCGCUGCGUCUCGAAUGUGAUUUCAGUAGAAGCCAUGGUAUGGGGCCAGCUAACCCCUGGAACGACCUUAGAGAACGCUUGCAAUGACGUUCGUAAGAACGAAGCGGUUUACAAUUGUUGUUUGUGCGAGAGUUACACCGUGGUCCACAGAACGUGGUAAGUUGUGUGGAAGAGAAAGGGAAGGCUUUAGAUUUGGUCGGCGGUCCAACAGCAGAGAGGGAGGGAUUUGGUUUGGGUCUGCGGGAGCCUGAGCGUAGGUAGAGCC